AUGCCUGGACCUGAACCGCAUCAGUACAGUCCUGAGGCUGACCAUGGACGGCAAUAUCCCAUUGCCGACUCUACUUGGACGACGUACGGCUAUGAUCUCGGCCUUCCUGACUUGGACACCCCCAGAAACAAUGACAGUUCAGCCAUUGCCCUCUUCAGUCCACCUAAUAAUGCCAUGGAACUUGAUGACACUCCGUAUGGGAUGGCGGACGCCCGUGAAAAAGACACGGCACUCAGGGGCGGAGGUUACUACGCGAACCCGAUGCCAAUCAGGAUACCAAAGAAUCUGGAACCUCUACCGCCUCUGCUCAUGGAAAACCAAAUGAAUUUGCUCUACUUCCAUCAUUUCAUCAAUCACAUAGCUCGCAUGUUGGUACCUCAUGACUGCGAAAGGAACCCGUUCCGACAAAUUUUGCCAGGAAUGGCUGUCCAAGACGAGAGCAUCAUGAACCUCAUUCUGGCCUUUGGUGCUUCACACCGCGCACGUAUGCUACAUUAUCCUGCACCGUCAAACCGUAUCGCUGUCUGGGUACAAGAUGUUUUUCCCAAACUGCGCCGAUCAUUGAAUGAGAAUCCUCAUGAUAUUCCUGACAGUACUCUCGCUGCUAUUGUAAUGAUGGCUAGCGUGGAGAUUAUGAUCAUCCAACGUGGCGGACCGAAGAGCAUGACGGGAAUGGGCCGUCAUGAUCGUGUCGCUUACUUUGUGUCUAGGUGGUUUGCGUAUCUGGAUGUCAUUGGCUCUCUCAGUGGAAACAAGAACGGUACACCACUCGCAUCUUUUUAUUGGUCCAACGAAAACACAGCUACAGACGAAGACUUUGAAAUUGACUGCUUGAUGGGUUUCACCACUCGAUGUAUCGGUAGUCUGGCCCGUAUCUCGGAGUUGGCCAAGCGUUGCGAGCCGCAGCGUAUAGAUGAGGAAGGUAAUGUACGUGAAGGCUGGGUACCCGGGCCUGAAAUCGUAGAGGAAGCUGUAAGAAUUCGUCGCGCACUUGAAGAAGGUUUGCUGGAUCGGAACAUCAGGAAAGGCUGUAAUCACCGUUCAAGUACGUCAUCGGAAUCUGAAGGUGUAUGGGAUGCCAGUGAAAUAUACGCGACAAAUGAACUAUUUCACUGGGCUGGACUGAUUCACCUGUAUCGCCGCAUACUUGGCAAACCAGCCAUGGACGCCGAAGUACAAAACGCAGUGCGGGAGAUUGUAGGACUAUUGUACAAGAUCCGGAGGGGCAGUACGGCAGAAGCAUGUCUGAUAUUUCCAAUGUUUGCUGCUGGCUGCGAUGCGCAAGACGAGGGGCAGAGAGAGAAGAUCCUGGACCGGCUGAAAGGCGUGGAGGGAUUUGGACUCAACCACGUGCCGAAGAUAAGCAACCUCAUGAAGAGUGUCUGGGAGACUGGAAAGCCAUGGGAGUCGCUUGUAUCAGACGAGUUCUUUGGCUGAAGGAGGAGACUAUGCACUGCAACAUGAAAUAUCACUAUCUCCGGACAGUGGUUGAGGAAACUAGGGUCACGCAGAGUACAUGGUGGCAUUGAGCAUCAAGGCUUUGGCACCAUUGCCACUUUCCGCAAACCACGAACUGGAAUCGUUGGCGAGGAUCUGAGAUACGUAUGAACAAGCCAAGUAAUUCGAGAGGUUGGACCAGGCGCGAACCUGAGAGGGUGCCUCGAAUACCCUUACGCGACCGAACAGACAGGACAGUGUUUGAGAAUGGGAUAGGCAAGGCUGGGGAAAGUCGAAUGACACGAGUUUGAGAAGAGAGGAGGCCAAGGAUGAGCGAAGGUGGUUACAACAGCUCCCUAAGCCACGUAGUAAAGUGUACCGCUAGGGGGUAUCAUCUAUCCGUCUUAAAUAUCAGUACGGCAUACCUCA